AUGGAUGACAAAAUUUUUGACGACAAGGAGAUCAAGGAAGGCUUCACCGACCAUGAAGAGACUAUCUCGGCGGAGAGGGAACCAUACGGACCUCCAGGUCUGAAAGGCCUGGUGGCCAACCCGUUUGUGUUCCUCUGCGCUGCCUGUUCCACUCUAGGAGGUCUUGUCUUUGGUUAUGAUCAAGGUGUCGUGUCGGUGAUCUUGGUCAUGGACCAGUUUCAAGAGCAGUUCCCCGAGAUUGCUCCCGGCUACUCAGGUGCUGGUUUUUGGAAAGGUCUCAUGACGGCAAUGAUUGAGCUUGGAGCAUUGAUUGGUGCGCUCAACCAGGGAUGGAUUGCAGACAAGUACUCGCGUCGGUAUUCAAUCGUGGUCGCUGUCGUUAUCUUCACCAUUGGCUCCAUUCUUCAGACCGCUGCCGUGGACUAUGCGAUGUUGACGGUGGCUCGAUUUAUUGGAGGUCUGGGAAUUGGCAUGCUUUCCAUGGUUGCUCCUCUUUACAUUGCAGAAAUCAGUCCUCCGGAGUGUCGUGGUACUCUGCUAGUCUUGGAAGAGUUUUGCAUUGUGACUGGAAUCGUCAUUGCGUUCUGGAUUACUUACGGUACCCGAUUCAUGCCUGGAGAAUGGUCAUGGCGACUUCCCUUUCUCCUGCAGAUGAUUCCUGGUUUUAUUCUCUGCGCAGGAGUGAUUGUGCUUCCAUUCUCCCCUAGAUGGCUGGCCUCUAAGGGAAGGAAUGAGGAGGCUCUUCAAACUUUGUCCAAGUUGCGCAAGCUGCCACCAACCGACGACCGAAUCCGCCAGGAAUUCAUCGAUAUCCAGGCCGAGGUUCGAUUCCACCAGGAGAUGAACGUCGAAAAGCACCCGGACUUGCAGGGCGGUGGAGUCAGGAAGUCUGCUCUUCUGGAGCUGGCUUCGUGGGCAGAUUGCUUCAAGAAGGGCUGCUGGAAGAGAACUCACGUCGGUGUCGGCAUUAUGUUCUUUCAACAGUUUAUCGGUAUCAAUGCACUGAUCUACUACUCGCCAACACUUUUUGAAACCAUGGGUCUGGACACAGACAUGCAGCUCCUCAUGUCUGGUAUUCUCAACAUCACCCAGCUGGUCGGUGUGGCCACCACUGUCUGGUCGAUGGACCACUUUGGAAGACGGUUUCUGCUCUUGUCUGGUUCGACUCUCAUGGCAAUUGCGCACAUUGUCAUUGCCGUUCUGGUUGGAUUGUACUCGUAUGACUGGCCGUCUCACACCGGACAGGGUUGGGCCAGUGUUGCUCUCCUCUUGUUUUAUAUGCUUGCCUUUGGAGCAUCAUGGGGACCAGUGCCGUGGGCCAUGCCAUCAGAGAUUUUCCCGUCGUCGCUUCGUGCGAAGGGUGUUGCGCUGUCUACCUGCAGUAACUGGCUGAACAACUUCAUUAUUGGUCUCAUCACCCCUCCGUUGGUUCAAGACACUGGAUACGGAGCAUAUGUAUUCUUUGCCAUCUUCUGUCUCCUGUCCGGGGUGUGGACAUUCUUCUUUGUGCCAGAAACGAUGGGCAAGAGUCUGGAGGACAUGGAUGGAAUCUUCAAGGACAACUCCAGCGAAGCCGAAAAAGAACGAAGACACGCGAUUGAGGUAGAACUACUGCGGGCGGAGCGUCAGAGUGGCAAUGCCUGA